UGCGCCCUGAGCUUCCAAUGCGGAAUGUAAUUGGAUUAGGCAGCAACCAAGUCCAAAACCCAGUCGCAGUCACAGUCCCAAUUGCAAAGGGAACACUCGUUGGUGCUCCAGAUUGCUACGAAUCCAUGGGCCAAGCUGCAGGAUUGCAUAACCUGGAAACAUGAGCAGGACGAACCACUCCAAGAUCAUUUUCAAGCGGAAGUCGAGUGUCGGAAGCAAGAGCAAUCAGCUAAUUGAUUAUGAACGCAUUCAGGGGGAUUUGGAAGUGGUGGCUCCGACAGUUUCGCCUCCACCAGUUGUGCCCUCCAGUGGGGGCCAGGGAAAACUUAAGUUAAAGCUGAGCUCUGCCAAGAUUUCCCUGCGUAAGAACGAACAGACUUCGCAGAAUAGUCUUCAGGCUGCAAGCCAGUCAGAUGCAGUGCGUCGGAAAUCGGCACCCCAACUCUUUACCUUCACGAUUGCUCCCCAAGUUGAAGCAAAUUCGGUGGUACAACCUCCUUUGGUGCCUAAAAUACCUGUAUUUGCGCCAAACAGCUCUAUUAGGCGAUCAAGGACUUUGGGUUUGUCGAAUAGCGCCCAAGCAGGGACCUCUGGGCUAACCAUCAAGGAUAUUGCAUCGCAGGACAUGGACAGUGGCAGUGGCAGUGAGCCCACCAGCAGCUUGGCCGGAGGCGGUAGUUCCACUUCUCCCGAAUCCCUGCUGGACAACAUACUCAGUGGUGCCUCCUCAGUAUCCGUCCAAAGUAGCAGCAGCAGUCAGGCGAGUAAUGCCACGGUGGCCCAGCCCAUCAAAUCCAAGGAUCACCUGCUUCCGAAGAGGCUGCUCAGCCUGAAGGCUUCUCCCGAACUGAGGAUAUCUCCUCCCACACCAGACACCUCUCAACCCAAGAUGCAAAUGCUACCGCAACUUUUGCUGGCAGCUUCUCCAAGGCCAGAGAUCUUCGAUGCUCCAUCACCACUGGCCAGGAGUCCCUCACGUUCGCCGGCGGUAUCGCCAGGAGUUUCACCUUCGCCCAGCAUCACCCUGAGACCCAGUACUCCACCCGAGAGCACCAUAACUUUCACGGAUGAUCUCAAGUGCGGCAUAUGUCUGGAUGUUUACACGGAUCCCAGGACCCUGUACUGCCUACACUCCUUCUGUUUGCAGUGCCUGGUAAGCGAGAACUUCAAGGACGAGUCCUUGUGGGAUCAGGAUCCAACCCGUAGCGAGGAUCCCUCGAGCUACAGCCUGAGAUCGGAGAUGGGUGGAUCUAGUGCUGAACUCACGGCUACUGUUUCGCCAGCCAGGCAGCGAGGUGCCAGUUUUAGUCUUAGAAGAAAGAAGUCCAUGGAUCGCCUGGUGAUCAGGUCCAAGAGUGAAGGUAAGCGUUCGACUAGUUCCUUUGGGACCCGCUUCACAGGAAGCUUUGUGAGCGAAGCACCUAUCCGAUGCAUCCGUUGUCAUACCUGCAACUAUCCCACGGAUCUCCCCUUGGGUGGAGUGCGUCAGCUUCCCCAGAACUAUUUGAUAGUAAGACGCAUCGAGGCCCUGCGACUACAGGCUGGGGAGGAUGUAAUCUCCAAAGUGUGGUGUUCCCUUUGCACCGAUGAGAUCAGUGCCACCUACCAUUGCAUCAGCUGCACCUUGAAUCUCUGUACCUUGUGCAAGGAGGCUCACGAAAGGCAACGAAGCACCUCCAAUCACCGGAUGAGAAGCAUCCUUGAGCUGAGACGCGCCAGGAAACAAAAGCAGCAGCAAAUGGGACUGGGAGAUAAUAGCAAGCUAGUGCUCCGAUGUGGAAUCCACACCAACUUCGAACUGAAGGCAUUCUGUACCCAAUGUCGACAACUGGCCUGCACCGAUUGUCUGGUGCUCCUCCAUAAAGGACAUCGACAUGAGACCAUAUCCCGGGCAAUAGGACAUCAGGGAAAACUCCUCAAGGAAGCUACAGAUCAAACUCGUCCGCUUUGUCAAUAUGCAGAGCACUCCAUCGAGAGAUUGAAUGAUAUCGCCCGUGGAAUCAACAACAGAUGCGAUGAUAUCCAGAGUCAAGUGGAGCGGUACAUGCAAAACUACAUCGAGGCAUUGGAUGUUCAUCGUAGGACCCUCCUCCAACAAAUCAGUAGAGCUAGGGAGUCUAAAGUCGAGGUUGUCCUUAAGCAGCAACUGGAUUUAGAGAAACGCACGCAGCAGGCCAUGGAUGCAGUGCGAUUCAGUCAAGAGCUGUGUGAGAUUGGUGCCGAUGUGGAGAUCCUGAGUUAUGCGUCCAUACUUCUCAGGCGCUUGGAGUACUGUCAACAGUUUAAGCCGCCAGUGGAUCCGAAAAUCUCCGACUCUCUACACUUCCUACCCAAAAUCCGAGCUCCGGCGACGAAGGACCAGCGCGAUAUUCCUCUGUAUGGCAUCAUUACCAUGCAGGUGGUGGAGCCUGGUCUGUGCACCUUGGAGUGGGAGGGGUUCUCCCAGCUGCGACUUCACAAGAAGGCCGAUCUUCUGUUGCACUCCCGAGAUGCCGAUGGGGUUUCCCUAUGUCACGGAGGCCUGGAGAUCAACUGCAUGCUUAAGUACAAGGACUCGAGCUCCAAGUUCCUGCCCGUGGAGGUAUCGGACAAUCGGGAUGGCACCUACAACAUCUCCUUCACGCCGGAUGCCCAGGGCGCCCUGAUCCUGACGAUCACAAUCAACGAGCGGCCCAUCAAGGGAGGUCCUUUCACCUUCCAGGCGCGUCAGGUUCGUCCGCAUACGGGCAUAUACCACUGCUGCUCCUUCUGUUCCGGAAAGGGCAAUCGAAAUGUCAUGUGCUCGUGUGAGGGUCGAAUGCCAGGAUAUAGUGGCUGUGGUCAUGGUCACGUAGGACAUCCGGGAAGACGUCACUGGUCCUGCUGCGGCAAUGUCCUAGAGAACUCCGAAUGCAAUGUGGCCAACAAACUGUUAAAUAACUAGGGAAGGAAGUAACUAAUCAUAAAUAAAUAAUAAGGGAUGCUAUCGUCCCUCGACUAUCAGUUAUCCGCUAGUCUACAGCAAA